AUGGCUCUGCUGGAUGGUUUGGAUGUCCUGAAGAGUAACCCUUUGGGUCGGUUUAAGCAGCAGUUCAUUGCUCAGAGUAUCACUGGAACCUUUGGGAAUCUCACUGUCGACCAGAUCAGGAGGUUAGGUAAUCUGUCCUGUCUGGCUCACCCCAGCCAGCUGAUGGCAUAUGCAGGAACAGAUGCCUUCUCAGUGAUCCAGGACAACAUCAGGACGUGUGUGGUCCAGGGUUUAAGUGUUCCUAGCAAUAUGAUUUCCAGCUUGAUCUUGAGAUCGUCUGACCUGCAGUCUCCCUCCAGUCUCACUCCUCAGAGAGUCUCUGAGCUUGGCCCUUUUCUGCCCCUGCUGGGAUCCAGUGUCCUGCAGCAGCUGACCUCAGCCCAGCUCAUGCCUGCCCUCAGCACCCUCGCCUCUGUGCCUUUCACCCCUGUACAGGCACGUAUCAUCUUCGACAAGAUCUCAGCCAAUUUUAGUCUGGCUCUCCCAGGCUCUGAGCAUUUGUCUAGGCUGGGAUCUCUUGUGAGUGGAGUAAAGGUGGAGACUCUGUGGACUUUACCAACUGAUAUUCUGCUAGAAGCGUUACCUGCUAUGAGCCUUCAGACACCUGGGCUCACCCCCCCACAGGUCAACACUAUCAUCUCCAAACUCUGGGGUUCUAGUUCUGUGUCCCAGUGGAUGGAUAAAGUCAAUCCUUUGCUCUCUAGCACUCCACUCCUCAGUGUGAUCGCCCAAGUCCCUCAGCUGCUGAUCAGAGACACUGCUGUACACACUCGCCUCUGGAACACACAGCAGGCUAAAGCUCUCUUUAAACAGGCUGUCAUCUCUCACCCAAGUCUCUCACUACAAGAAUUUCUAUCUCUGGGGACACUGGCUACAGGAGUGAAUUGCUUGGACCUUAGACGAUUGUUCCAGAAUCUGGCAUCUCUAUCUCCUCUACGUGACAUUAUGACAUUUCUGAGAGAGCAGUCUGUGCCACUCCACCCCUCGCUGAAAAAAUGUGUAAUUGAGGAAUUGUAUGAGUUUGGCUUCUUCUCAGAUUUACUUGGAGAUUUGGGUUCUCAGAUUGCCCUGUCACUUCCGCUGAGCACCAUUAAGAAAUUUCCACAAGAUGAGAUGGAUUCCCUUAGGAAAGUUAUAAUACAGGACCCAUAUUACUUCCUACUGCUUCCCAGCACCAAACAAGCUGUCCUGGUGGACAGGAUGGUUCAAAGACUGAAUAUGUACACUGGGCUGUACACUGAAGAGGAGUUUCGUUCGCUAGGUGUCAUGGCUACAUUUGUGACAGAUGAAAUGUUUUGGAAAUUGGAUAGGAGCUUUUUUGUUGAUGGCCUGGAGUUCCUACAAAGAUUCUGCUACAAUGCCAAUAAACGAGGCCUGGUGGCAGACAUGCUACAGGAAAAUUGGACAUUUGGCCCUGUAAAAAACUGGACAUCAGAGACACUGAACCAAGUGGACCGCUUCUUGUUUUUUCUCCCGAAGGACACUAUUCAGCUCAUCCCCUUAGGUUUGAUGAGCUUAGAGCGCAUCGAGAGGCUGUUCCUGAGUCAGCAGAAGUGGGAGAGGGGAGAGUUUGGUUCUCUGUGUCAGAAACCCUCAGAGCUCUUUGACAAGAAACAGUUUGUGCUUCAGUUCUUCCUCGGCUUCCUCAGAAUAGGACAUGCCCCUUAUACUGGACUGAUCCCCACUUGUGAGAGCCUGCAUGUGACACAACCUGCUGCCUGGACUAUUGACAGCCUUAGAAACAUGCCACAAGCUUCAUUUCGGAGGUGCUUGGAGCUCAUUGGCCAGGAUCCAUUUUUCAGUGCAUUCGAGCUGUCAGUGCUUCUUACAAAAACCAAAGAGGUGUAUGGGAUGCCUUCCUCUUUUAACUCUUCAGUGAUCCCUCAGUUGGGUCGCAUUGCCACUCAGCUUUCACUUGAAGAAUUGGGCUCUCUAAGACUCUCUGAAAUUCAGUCAAUUUCAGCUAUGGGGAAUCUCAACACAUGGACCAGCAGACAGCUAAAAUCAGUAUUCUCCACGGUUCUGAACUCAACCAGAAAGACUCCUAGCCAGUUAGACUCCAGCACUUUUGUGGCAUUGGGGCACAUUGUGUGUGGGAUUGAUGCACCAAUCAUGCGCAUCCUGAAUCCAGUAGAGUUCAGUAAAGCAGUUUUGUGGCUUGGCCGUUUGUAUCUGUCGUGCUCUGAGGAGCAGUUGCAGGCUUUGAUAGGGCUGCUCAGUAAUAGCUUGGCGUUUGGACCAGUCAGCUCCUGGGGAUCAGAGGUCUUCAUUGAGAUCGGAGCGAUUGCAGCGGGCCUGCCUGACAUAGCCAUGUCUGCAUUAGUGAGGGAACAGAUAGAAGGAAUCACCCCACUUGCCAUCUCUCUCAUCCCAGCAGGCAAAUUUGCAGUUGUGUUUAACCAGGCCCAGAUUCGUAUGUUCACGUAUGAUCAGGCCAUUGCUGUGACUGAGGCCCAGCGCUCUGCUCUGUCUCCAGUACAGCAGACGGCCCUGUCCAUGGUGCUCAACCCCUGGGAGGACAAACCUGUUGAUUUCAGAGGCAGGUCACUUGGAGUUGUAGUGCAUCCCUGUCCUUUCUUCUACCUAUCCAGCAUCCUGAUAAUGCUGCUGUUUUCUCUUGGAUGAGUUAGGUCUGUCGCUGCUGUAUUGCUGCUAUACUGAACUGACCUUUUCUUUUUAAAUAUGUGCACUUUAAUGCUGUAUAUAUAAGACUUAUACAGCAAGAAAUUACAAGAACAAUAACUCAUGAAAUAUUUAUUUCGGCACUUUAUAGUAGUUAGUGAAAAUGUGGUUUUGUUUGACUGUUUUUGAAUAAUUGCUUGCUUGGAGAAUAGUGUACCAACCUAGGUCUGUAAUUGCCUAAACUGAUUUGUUUUGACUUGUGAUUUAUAUUCGACUUAUUGUUCUGUUUUUAUUAGUAUUAUUUAUUUACUUUUUUAACUGCUUUAACAGCCUUCAUACACUAUUAGAAUGAUUUCUGAAGGAUCAUGUGACUGGAGUAAUGAUGCUGAAAAUGUAGCUUUGAUCACAGGAAUAAAUUACAUUUUGAAAUAUAUUCAAAGAGAAAGCAGUUAUUUUAAAUAGUAAAAAUAUUUCACAAUAUUAAUGUUUUGCUGUAUUUUGGAUCAAAUAAAUGCAGCUUGGUGGGCAGAAGAGAAUUAAAAAAAAAACAUAAAUAUCUUACUGUUGAAAAACGUUUGUCUAGUAGUGUACAUUGAAAGGGUUUGAUUGUGAAUUUUUAUUUUUAUUUCAUUUGUAAAUUCACUCAUGUAUUUAUUCUGGCUUCUUAUGUAACUAUCUAUAUGCUCUAAUAC